AUGGGAUUAGCCGCUACGAAGAAUAAACAGAGAUUUGGGUUUGAUCCGAGAAAUACAGCAUGGAGUAACGAUACCGGUAGAUUUGGACAUACAAUGUUGGAGAAGUACGGAUGGAAGCCGGGGACUGGGUUAGGUACAAUGCCUCACAAAUCGACCAAUACACAUAUCAGGGUGUCAAUUAAGGAUGACAAUCUCGGGUUGGGUGCUAAAACUCACAGAUCUAAGGAUCCAAAUGGAUUUGAUGAUGAAUCAGCUGGACUAGAUGUUUUCCAGAGGUUACUAGGUAGACUAAACGGUAAGGAGGAAACGAUAUCCAAGGAAUUGGAUAAACAGCGUUAUGAUAGGAUUAUUAAUGGUAAAUGGGGGGUCCAUUUUGUGAAAGGAGAAGUCUUAUCAAGUACAUGGGAUCCACAUACGAAGAAGUUGAGAGAUUAUUCGAACAAAGAGGAUGAAGAAGAAGAUGAAGAAGAAUCUGCUGGAGAGAAUAGAAAAAGGAGGGCAAGUGGUGAGGAUAAUGAAGUAGAGAAGCACAAGAAGCACAAGAAGCACAAGAGGGAAAAGAAAGAGCACAAGAAGCAUAAGAAGGAGGAAAAAGAGAAGAAGCGUAAGGAGAAGAAGGAGAAGAAAGAGAAGAAAGAGAAGAAGGAAAAGAAAGAGAAAAAGCACAAAGAGAAAUCCAAGGACAAAUCCAAGGGCAAAUCCCCAACACCUGAAUUGACAAGACUAUCAGCAAGAUCAAGAUACAUAAGGCAGAAGAAGGCUGCUACAAUGGAUCCAAAGGCAUUAAAUGAGAUAUUCAUGGUUACGCAACAAUAA